AGCCGCCGAAGUGGUAAAUUAAGCCCAUAACAGUAUUUCAGUUUCUUGGGGAAGAAAAAAGGCCCUAGCUUUUUUAGGAGGCAGUUAACUAACUGUUCCUAAUCCCAUGUUCCCUAUUUUAUCUCAACCCACCACUCUCUCCUCAAUUUCAGAUUUUUUUUUUCUUUUAUAAAGUUCGGUCUGAUGCAAAUCCUUUUUGUCUCCUCAGGUCAAUAAGCAUCAAAACAAUUGACAGUUUUCUUCUAUAAUAAUUCAGGUUUAUUUUUAACCGCUACAAUGGUUUUGAGUUCAUACUCCGACUGGGGAACUGAUGUUCAAAAUGCUAAGUCGGAGCCAAUCCAUCUAACAAGACCAGUUCAGGAUCAGCUUGUUGUAGCAGAUCAUCGGCAUUUUGAAUAUUACUGGGAUGCAUUUGAGCUUCCGUAUGCUUUUCUUGAUCCUUAUAUUGACCCCAAUAGCAAUAUCCUACACCCUGAAAACUACACUCCUUUACUUCCAUAUUGCUCUCCAUAUGACCCUUUAAUUUCCUUCUCACCUGAAAUCGAUAUCCCAUAUGGCAAUUUCAGCUCUUAUCCAUGCUCCAAACGCCAGAAACUCAUUGAAGAUCAUUAUUGCUCUGAUUUUAUGCCUUCUUUCUUCGAUGGGGUUGCUCCGAGUUCCUGUCUUCCCGUGCCUGAAGAUCAAGGCAUGUAUCAGAUUAACUUGGAAGGAAAUGUGGAAAACUGUAAGAAGACUAGUGAAAGAUGUGUGUCAGUGCAAAGCAUUGCAGCAAGAGAAAGGAGGAGGAAGAUUACUGAGAAGACUCAAGAACUUGGGAAGCUUGUGCCUGGUGGGAAUAAGAUGAACACAGCUGAAAUGCUUCAAGCUGCCUUCAAGUAUAUCAAAUAUUUGCAAGCUCAAGUUGGAAUCCUUCAAGUUAUGGACUCAUUUUCGGAAAAUGAGAAGGCGGCUUGGAAGGAAAACAUGCAAAUUGUAAUAUCUCAAAGGGUUCAACAGAAGCUUUACAUGGAAGAUAAGUGCUUGGUUCCAAAGGAUAUUGUUCUCUCUUUGACAGCACUUUCUAAGCCUCCACUCUCUGUUCAACUUAGUCGGCUGUUAGCACUAGCUCCCCAUCACUGA